AUGUCAGCUCCUGAUAUAAUGCUCAUGACGCCUAAUGGGCGGUUCGAGCUGGGUAAGAAAAUCUGUAUAGAUGGACUGACAAGUUUUCAUGCUGGUUCUUGGCAACCCGCAUGGGGUGUUAGAACAGGUGAAUCAUUUUGGAUGCAGACUGGAGAAGCUUUGUCAGCUAUUGGCGCAUUGGAUUAUUCCAAAGAGGAGAGAAAGAGAUUAGCCAAGUUGUCGAAGGAUUGGAAAUGUCCCCAGUGCGGAAUAAGAAAUGAGGAUAUUAUACCGGUGUCAAGUGGUACUCAGAGUUCAGUGUCGAUUCAUGAAAAUGAACAUGAAGACGCUCAGAACGGGGAGAGUGGUAUCUCGAGCUCAAUAAGCGAAACUAAAGUUGCUCAGAGUAGAGUCUCGGUGGACCCGAAUUUACAGGAAAUCCCACCGAUCCCUUCGCCACCAGCUCGAUCCGUAACUCCUGGACGUUUACCCGCUGUUGAAGCCCAUUUACCAACAACGCAAGUCGCUGUAGCAAGUCCAAGGAGAUUUAUAUGGAUAGACUCGCUGAUCUUGGCUGGUGUAUCAAUGUUGAUCCUUCUCAUAGCGAGGCGAUUGGUUUAG